CCGUGUUGACAGAGUUGCUGCUCACUUCAGAGCGUCUCUGACUGAAACCCAAUCCGUCUCAUUUUUUUUUUUUUUUUGAAUGAUUUUUACGUCGUAUUUUGUGUGGUGUCGGGCGCUUCCGCGGGCACCUCUCCUCUGAACGCGGACAUGGCUGCUCCGCCGCAGACGCGUUUGUUCCGGCUGUAGUUCCUUCGACGGCGCUGCGGCCGCAUUCGCGUCUGCUGCUGGAGCUAGCGAGGCAGGGAUGGUGGACAGAAGCGCGCCUCGUCCUCCUGCGCGCGGGAAACUACUUGUGGACAUGUUUCAUCGAGUUUUUGUCUCUUAAGAAGCGCGGACGAACAGCCACCAAAACACCGGGAUGGCGUCCAAGGAGAGGCUGUACGAGCUGUGGAUGUUAUAUUACACCAAGAAAGAUGUGGCCUAUCUGCAGCAGUGGCUGGAAGCCUUUGUGUCCUCUUUCGAGAGGCUUAUUGAUGUGCAGACGCUGGAGCCUCGGAGGGUGGAGGAGUGCAACCUAGAGGUGCCCAUGAUCCCAAGGGAGGUCCUGGUUCUGCUCGGCAACCAGCUGUGGCAAAGCGCGUUGCAUCUCUCCGGGAGCCAGACGGAGGACAGCAGCGUCCCACGUCCACUGCUGAUCAUCAAGUUCUUCAUCAUCGUCUGCAGGAAAAUGGAGAACAUUGAUCAAGACAAGACCCCGGGCUUCUUGUUGGAGACCAUGAAGCUUCUGAGCUACUGCCUGGACCAGCUGAAAAGAGGAGAAGGAGACAAGCCAUCUCUGCUGGCGGUGGUUCACCACGGGCUUCAUCUUUGCGAGAGCCUCUUUGACCCGUAUCAGACGUGGAGGCGACGCCUGGCUGGGGAGGAGGUGAGCCUGACGGAAAGGAACAAGUACAAGUUCUCCCCGUUGGUGCUGCCAGAGGAGCUGCCUGCUCUCUUUCACGAAAGUCUGAAGGACAGCGAACGUCUUCCCGAGCUCCUCCGACUGAGGCUGGUUCAUCUGUUCGGCGCUGUCAUCAGUGGAGGAAAGAAGAACGGCCUUCUCUCCAUCACCCCGCAGUCAGUGGAAGAUCUAUUCUCGGUCCUUCGGGUUUGGUGCUGCCAGACCUCCAGUCAACCCAAAGACACCCAACUCCCUCGACUGAGCCUGCAGUGCCUGACCUCCGUCGUGCACCUCUUGCACACCAGCAGCCCUGCAGAGAGACAAGUGGAGAUCAGGUCAAUACUGGAGAGCUACUUCCAACUCCUGAACUGGAACCAACCCCUCCGAAGUGAGCAGCUGGACAGGGAGAGUUGGGAGGGCGGCUUGAUCUCCCUCCGGAGUCUGAUGCUGACGACGAUUCCUGAAAUCCUGCAGUGCUCCGACAGGCCCGCCUUGCAGGCCGUCUUUCUCAACAACAACUGCUUCGAACACAUCCUCCGACUCAUUCAGAACAGCAAGCUCUUUCUGAGCAGCAGGCGCAGGCCGGAACGUGAGCUUGUGUGUGACCUCACCACCAGUUUACUCACAGAGGUCGAAGUGCAGCAGAUGUGGGAAAAAGGCUCGGACAGUAUUACCGUCCAUGCUCUGGGAGUGCUGACUGCUAUAAUGAGCAACUCACCGUCUGCCAAGGAGAUUUUCAAGGAGAGGAUCGGCUACUCGCAGCUGUUCGAUGUGCUCCGGAGUCACGGCCUCCCCUCCAAGCGUCUGCUGCAGGAGCUGAUGAACAUGGUGGUGGAGGGCCAGCACGCUCAUGCUCGCCACCUGGGAAUUGGUAACGAACAGCCUCUUCUUCUUCUCCUGCAAUGGCUCCCUGACCUGAGUGGUCAGAGGGACCUCCAGCUGCUGGUGGCACAGUGGCUGGCGACCGUGUGUGGCGGCUCUCUGUCCUGCCGGACCACUGCUGUGGAGGCCGGUAUGGUGGGCGCUCUGCUGCAGGUUCUCUCUCAGCCUCGCAGUCUGGACUGGCAGUGUGCAGACGCCUUGCUCGGCCUGCUGCGGGACCUGGGCUCACUGUGUCUGAGACCGGAGGAGCUGAAGAGCCUGCUCAGACUGCUGAGAGUGGAUCAGGGCGAUGUUGCGGGAUCGGUGCACCCUUACUGCGCGCGCGCUGUCCGAGUGCUGUCUGCCAUAGCCGCGAGGAAAGGUCAGGACAGCGCGCUGCAGUACUUUGACCUCACACCUCCCAUGGCCGGGAUCAUGGUGCCCACGGUCCAGCGCUGGCCGGGCAGUGGCUUCGCCUUCCAUGCCUGGCUCUGCCUGCACUACUCCAAACUCGGCAACCGCCGGCCUUCCGCGACAAGAGGUCCGCACGACGUGGCCAAAGGUCUGCGCAGAAAGCAGCUCUACAGUUUCUUCACCGCCAGUGGGACUGGACUGGAAGCGUUUUUCACCGUGGACGGCGUGCUGGUCGUUGCUGUUUGCACGAAGAAGGAGUACAUGGCAGUGUCGCUGCCAGAGCACCCGCUUGUGGACUCGUCGUGGCACUCGGUCGGUAUCGUCCACGUCCCUGGCCGCCGCCCGUUCGGUCAGAACCUGGUCAACAUCUACAUCGAUGGGAAGCUCUGUAAAAGUUCUCAGCUUCGCUUCCCGUCCUUCAGCGAGCCCUUCACGUCCUGCUGCAUCGGCUCCGCCGGCCACAGAACCACUAUCACCUCUACUUCCCCGACUCUGUCCUCCUCCACACCCUCCACCCCGGCGGCAGAGUUCUCCUUCCCUCCCAGCGGCCCUUCGCUCAUUCGAUCCCAGUCUUUCCCUGCAUCAUUCGCAGCAGGUCAUUGGGGGUCUUUGACUGACUCCUCUGUUCACACCAUAUCAGCUGGUCUGCAGGACACAGAGUGGGGGACGCCCUCCUCCUUAGAUGGACUACUGGGCACCGCCUUCAUCUGCCACGAGGCUCUGCUGCCCAACCAGACAAAAGCUCUCCACAGUGCAGGACCCAAUCACGUGUCUUUAUUCAAAGCGGACGGCGAGCUAUCUGACCUCAACGGCAAACUCCUUCUCUACUACACUCCCCAGGCUUUCAAGAGUCAGAAAUGCCUGGAUCUGUCUCCCAACCACCAAUACGACGGCAGGCUGACCGGGCACAGGGUCGUGAACUGGGACAUCAAGGAUGUCAUCAAUGUGGUCGGUGGCGUCGGCGUCACGCUGCCUCUGCUGGAGCAGCUGUGUGAGGCCGAGCCGGUUUUUGACGGUGACCAGGAGACGGCUGACCUGCUGGGGCCGGAGCUGACCUCUGCUCGGGGGCCUGCCGCCAUGCUGCUGCCACUGGAGGAGUCUGCUGACGUGCGGCUGGAGAAGAACAGCGUGGCGGCUUUCCUGCUGAUGGUGAAGAAUCUGAUUCAGCACCACCCCGUCAACCAAGAAGGUCUGCUGCAGUGCCACGGCCCCAGCAUCAUCGGCGCCAUGCUCAGCAAAGUUCCCGGCAGCAUGAUGGACAUUAAAGUGCUGAUGGCCUGCCAACAGCUGCUCAAGCAGGUCUUCAGUGAAGGCAACAGUCUGCUGCUACAGCAGCUCUACCAGCACCUGCUCUUUGACUUCAAGAUCUGGACCAGAAGCCACCUUGCCGUUUGCUUGUCUCACGUGCAGUUCCUGUCGUGCGAGAUCAACAAAGGGAAGCACCACCUGAAGAGAAAAUACGGAGUGCAGUAUGUCCUGGACACCAUCCGUACUUACUACAGUGUUGAGAAGGACGGCAGCCCUCUGACAGAAGACAAGCGUGCGGUGCAGGACGCUCUCUUUGGUAUGCUGAAAGAGUUCCUCAAGUCUCCCACAUCAGAGGAACUUCACAGUCUUCUGGCCUUCCUUCUGAGCGCUGGGGAGGAGAAGCAGGUGGGGAAAGCGCUGGACGUUCUGUACGAGCUGCUGAGGACCAGUCCUCCUCGUGAGCACGUCCAGACGGUGCUGCUGGAUUGGGGAGUCGAACACCUAUACAGCCUCCUCCUCAACCCCACUUUUGGAGACGGGGCUCGAGAGAGGGUAUUCCGGAUUUUGUACAAAAUCAUCAAGAGUGAACGAGUGUCCGAACGCCACAAGCAUCGCGUCAAGCUGAGGGACUGUGGCUAUCUCGGUCUGGUAUUCUGCCUUGAAGACAUUCCGGUCACGAUGACGACGGUGCGAUGUCUGUACGAGCAGGUCCUUGCAACAGACGCCUCUCCGAACUUCAGAGACCUCCUGGCUGUGGUGAGUCUGUCCCACAGAGCGGAUCUCACCGUCCGAUUAGAUGUCUGCCGCAAGCUCUUUCAUCUCCUCUACUCCAACAAGGAUUACAUGAAGCAGUUGGCCAAACAGCCCGGUUGGCAGGACGUUCUCACAAAGCUCUAUGUGAAAGAGUCCUACGAGUCCUUCACUGCCACCACCCUUCCUCCGUACGGGCAGAAGCAGAGACCUCCCCUGGUCAGGGAGCCGGCUCUGAGCCUGGAGUUCCCUGAGAGUGACGUCUACCUGGAGUACUGCUCCUCGCGGGACAUGGAGAAGGAGGACGAAGGUGGCCAGCAGGGGGUCUCUGAAGCCGACUCCUCACAGUCGCCCUCUGAUGGAAGCCAGCUGAAAAACUUCACUGGCAGCACACCUUUUCAAUCGUUCGAUUCCAUGGACCAGGAGAGUCAGUCCUCCUCCCUCUCCAAUGCCGUUGACAUCACUUCUUGUCGGCCCGAGGACGAGGGCAGGGAAUACCAGCCGCUCUCCCCGUUUGGAAGCUCGCCCUUUGAUUUAGAAUUGGGAAGCGCGAGCGAGUGCACCAACCCAGCAGGCAGUCUGGCCAACACACCGUCUCCUAUAGAGCAUUCCAAAGCGUUCCCUCCUCCUCCCAGACCCCGCAAGAGUUCCAGUCUGUCUAACGUGUUGGACCACACCAGCGAUGACGCCCACAUCGGGGAUACCAUCUCAAACACGUCAAAUCCACAGCAGACUCCAGAGGAGGAGCUGUGCAACCUUCUCACCAACAUCAUCUUCUCCAUCCUGUGGUGUGGCAGCGCUGCCGAGGGCUCGGAGGACGUGGUCUGGAGAGAGAGGGGGCAGGUCUUCUCUGUUCUCACUAAACUGGGCUCCUCCUGCCAACUGGUCCGCCCGCCGGACGACAUCAAACGCAGCCUUCUGGAGGAGAUGUUGGAAUCGUCAUUGUCCGACCUGAGACAAUCUCCUGGAGUCACCCUGCCCUUCUGCCCGAGCUUGGUGAGGCUACUCCGCCUGCUGCAGGACUUCCUGUUUUCUGAGGGAACAGAAAACUGCACACUCUGGAGCGAAAAGAUCUUUGAGGGGGUGGUGAACCUGCUGGACAGGUUGCAGGCCUGGCACAGCGGCAACACGGAGCUGAAGGAGAUGGCCCAGAUCGGCCUGCGCAUCAUCACCGGCUAUGUCAAACAGCAGCACUCGCAGCUGAGUGGGAUGGCUCUGGUGAAGCUCCGCAGUCUGCUCCAGACGGUCCUGUGUCUGAGCUGGGAGGAGGUCUGCUUCCUGCUGGGUCAGCUGGGCCCACCCUUGUGGCCGGAAGACGGCGCGGAAGACGCCGACAGCAGUGACGCCGACACCUCGGCUCAGUUGGUGCAGAUUGUCCGCACGCUGCUGGACCAACACGCUGACCCCGUCGUCCUCCAGAAACUGCUGCCGAACCUCCCCGUCACCAACGGCAGCACCACCUUCGCCUUGGACCUGAAGGCGUAUUCACACACGCUGGAGUGGCAGGAGUUCUAUCUGCAGGAGGUCCGGCCCACAACAGAACAAUACGAGUUGGAUACUUUUGGAAGGAGCCAUGACAUCAUGUCCAAUUUUUGGAACUCCUGCUUUGACGACCUGAUGAGCGUGGCCCUACGGCGGGAUAAAGAAAGAUCGGACAGCAAAGCUAAAUUCCAGGAGUUGGUCCUCGACCCUUUCCUCAAGCGAGUUCGCAGUGAAAACAACAGAUACAGCGGUGGGCAGAAGCAGAGCUCCAGCCAACAGGGGGUGGUGCUGCAGCACUGGAAAGCUCUUCGGAGGCUGCUGAGCAGUGAGAGAGCAGCCUGGGCUCAAAGAGUCCAGCCAGAAGCCAAGUGGACGCUGUCCAGUGCAGAGACGUAUUCAAAAAUGCGUCUCAAACUGGUGCCCAACUACCACUACGACGCCCACGUGGAGGCCAGUGCCCAGCGGGACAACAUGGGAGCCGACAGCCCUCGCAGCUCUGAUCCGAUCCCGUUAGCUGUAGCUAAGGAAGCCAAAGUGAGCGACAUGGAGGAGGAUCAGUUGGAGGAGGAGGAUCUGGUCUUCUUGGACAAGAAGGCCGAAGAGGAGGAUGAGAACCAGAAGGAGAAGCUGGUUCUGUCUGAAGACUGCGAGCUCAUCACCAUCGUGGCUGUGAUUCCCGGCCGCCUGGAGGUCACCACGCACCACCUCUACUUCUACGAUGGGAGCAGUGAGAAAGAGGAAACCGAAGAAGGGAUUGGGUUCGACUUCAAGAGGCCGCUGUCGCAGCUCCGAGAGGUCCACUUGAGGCGCUACAACCUGCGUCGCUCUGCGCUGGAGCUGUUCUUCAUCGACCAGGCGCAUUACUUUGUCAACUUCAGGAAGAAGGUACGGAACAAAGUCUACUCCAGGAUUCUGGGCCUGCGCCCUCCCAACCUCUUCUACUUCGGCUCCCGGUCGCCUCAGGAGCUGCUGAAGGCGUCGGGCCUCACGCAGGUGUCUGCUUCAUCGCGUUUGCUCUUUGAAAUCGCGUGCUCGCCCACUGAUGACCCGCCCCAUGUUGCUCAGAAAUGGGUCUACAGAGAGAUCUCCAAUUUUGAGUAUUUGAUGCAACUGAACACCAUCGCUGGACGCACCUACAACGACCUGUCGCAGUACCCCGUGUUUCCCUGGAUCCUGUGCGACUACACCUCCCCGAAGCUGGACCUGGAGGACCCACUGGUUUUCAGAGACCUGUCCAAGCCUGUCAGCGUCGUGAACCCCCGACACGCCGAGAUUGUGAAGGAGAAGUACGAAAGCUUCGAGGAUCCGACGGGAACCAUCGACAAGUUCCACUACGGCACACACUACUCGAACGCGGCGGGCGUCAUGCACUACAUGAUCCGCAUGGAGCCCUUCACCACGCUGCACAUCCAGCUGCAGAGCGGCAGAUUUGACUGCGCCGACCGGCAGUUUCACUCGGUGGCCGCCGCCUGGCAAGCUCGAAUGGAGAGUCCCGCCGACGUGAAAGAGCUCAUCCCAGAGUUCUUCUACUUCCCCGAGUUCCUGCAGAACAUGAACGGGUUCGAUUUGGGACGGCUGCAGAUCUCCCAGGACCCGGUGGACGACGUCCUGCUGCCUCGCUGGGCCAAGUCCAGAGAAGACUUCAUCCGGCAACACAGGAACGCUCUGGAGUGCGAGCACGUGUCCAACCACCUGCACGAGUGGAUCGACCUGAUCUUCGGCUACAAGCAGAGAGGAGAGGAGGCGGUGAAGGCGCUCAAUGUCUUCUACUACUGCACGUACGAGGGCGCCGUGGACCUGGAUGCUGUGGCCGAUGAGAACGAGCGUAAAGCCCUGGAGGGCAUCAUCAGCAACUUCGGGCAGACGCCCUGUCAGCUGCUGAAGGAGCCACACCCUCCUCGCAUGUCCGCUGAGAACGCGGCGCGGCGGCAGGCCCGGAUGGACAACGUGCCCGCCAACAUCUUCGAAAGGCUGGACAAGCUCCGGCCCUUUGUGGAGGUGGUCAGCGACGGCCAUCCUCUGGUCCAGGCCGUCGUCCCCAAGAACCAGAACCACUCGUUCAUCAUCCAGGACGCAGACACUCUGGUGAGCGUGAGCUCCAACGGCCUGAUCGGAACGCACAGCUGGCUGCCGUACGACAAGAACAUCGCCAACUACUUCACCUUCACCAAGGACCCCACCCUCAGCAACCCAAAAACUCAGCGUUUUCUAAGCGGGCCCUUCUCCCCGGGGCUGGACAUCAGUGCUCAGGUCCUGGUGGUGUCCAACGACGGGCGGCUGCUCUUCAGUGGAGGACACUGGGACUCCAGUCUCCGCGUGACGCAGCUGGGCAAGGGCAAGCUGGUGGGCCGGAUCUGCAGACACAUCGAUGUGGUGACCUGCUUGGCGCUGGAUUUGUGCGGCAUCUACCUCAUCUCUGGCUCUAGAGACACAUCCUGCAUCGUGUGGCAGGUUUUACAGCAGGGCGGCUUCUCCAGCAACCUGUCGCCUCGACCCGUGCAGGUUCUCUGUGGACAUGAGCAGGAGGUCACAUGUGUGGCCAUCAGCACCGAGCUGGACAUGGCCGUCUCAGGGUCAAAGGACGGAACUGUGAUCGUUCACACGGUCAGGCGAGGCUUGUUCCUGCGAACGCUGCGGCCGCCCAGCCCAGGCUGCGGGCCCGCUCAGAUCUCCGCGCUUCAGGUCGGCCUGGAAGGCCACAUUGUGGUCCAGACCUCGCUGGAGGAACUGUCCCACGGAAGGGGCCGAGACUCCCUCCACGUUUAUUCCGUCAACGGCCGUCUGCAGUCGUCCCUCUCCACCGAGGAGCACGUGACGGCUCUGCACCUGGUCUCGGAGUACGUCCUCCUGGGCACCAGGCUGGGGAACCUGCACGUCCUCCGCCUGAGCAGCCUGGACGCCGCGGUGACCCCAUUGGCCUUGAAGGUCGCAGUGAGGAGUGUGUUUGUCACCAAAGAGCACAGCCACAUCCUGGUGGGGCUGGAGGACGGGAAGCUGAUCGUGGUGGGAGCAGGGAAGCCAGAGGAGGUUCGCUCCGGACAGUUCUCCCGCCGCCUCUGGGGCUCCACGCGCCGCAUCUCUCAGGUGUCAGCCGGUGAAACCGAGUACGUACCCACAGCCGACUAGCCGUCCUGGACCACUCGUCUCUGUGAGAGAGCAACACUCCGCACUUUUUCGUCCGGAAGGAUCCCACGCUUUUAGAUGCGCACUGUUUAAGAUCAGCUUCAGUCCAAAGAGUGGCCUUGUAUGGUGGACAGAGCAGAGCUUAUUCGGCCUAGAGCAUUGAAUGUCCUAAAAAAGCCGUUUUUUGGCAUCUUUAAAAAAAAAAAAAAACUCCUGGAAACUUGAAACUACAGAAGCUGUCGUCAGAUUUUUAUUGCAAUACCAGUGAGUAACGCGUGGGGGCGCUGUGAAGCGGGGCGGGAUCAUCUGCAUGUGUUAUGAGCGUGUGUCGCCUGAAGGGGGAGUCUCUCUGGCCUGACACGGCCUCUGUGAGUGUUUUAAAAAAGUGCCUUGUGUGAAAGAGAGUG